UGAUGACUCUCCAAAUACGAAACAAUUUUCUAGCCUUUUACAACUAAAAUAUUGAAGAGAGGACGCAUCGAGGACAUCCGCAUAAUUUACAAUCAUGUCUGACGCGGAAGGAGAUGAUGUUCCACAAGCACCGGUCAAAGUAGAGUCAGGCGGACCAAUGGAUUUAAAUUCCGCUUUACAAGAAGUGUUGAAGAUGGCAUUGAUACACGACGGCCUUGCUCGUGGACUUAACGAAGCUGUCAGAGCACUUGAUAAGAGACAGGCUCAUCUCUGUGUCCUUGCAAACAAUUGCGAUGAACCUGGUUAUGGGAAAUUGAUCGAAGCAUUGUGCAGCGAACAUCAGAUCAAUCUUAUCAAGGUUGAAGACAACAAAAAACUUGGUGAGUGGGCAGGUCUUUGUAAGAUCGACAGAGAAGGAAAGCCAAGAAAAGUUGUUGGAUGCAGUUGCGUAGUCGUGAGGGACUAUGGAAAAGAAACACAAGCACAUGAUGUCCUGUUGGAGCAUGUGAAGGCUUCUAAAAAUUGAGCUAUGGUGUAUAAUAAAUAUAAUGUAAAAUA